GGUGCUUGCUUGCCGAAAUACAGGGAACCAGUGCUGAUAAUAUCCCGCAGGCGUAUAGCAUCAUAGCGCAAUUUUUGUCCGGUGCUAUUUUGUAUUUCCGAGGGUGCUGUCAUCCAGGAAGGAUUUGGAUACUAUUUAGUGAGCGUGCUUCGCCUAAUAUGAGCUUUUCGUCCACGACUUGAAACAAGAACAAAAGCAAUGGGAGCAUUUGGAGUGAUAAUAUGGAUUUUACAUUAUAUGGGACUCUAUAUUCAACUUAACGCCGCUUACAAACCGACUGUGCGAACCGAGGUGGACAAUCAUAUAUCUGGAAAUGCUCUCUUCACGGAGGUCCCUCAUGACACCACAACGCAUAGCGGUCAGGAUGUGGAGAUGGCCUGUUCAUUCCGGGGAGCGGGACCCUCCUACUCCCUGGAGAUCCAGUGGUGGUACAUGAAGAACCACAGAGACUGGCCAGAGAAACCCGCCUGGACCUCCAAUCAGGUGGUGCCAAUGGAGGAGAUGUCUAAGGAUGCCACCAAAAUAAGUGUGGUGAAAGUGGCUGGGAGCAACAUCUCCCACAAGCUCCGUCUCUCCAGCGUCAAGCAGUCAGACGAGGGCACAUACGAGUGCCGUGUCAUCGACUUCAGCGGCAGCGUGGCGCAGCACCACCGCGUCCGGGCCUACCUCCAGGUGGAAGCCGAGAAAUGGCUGGGCCACGGGUCAGCAGACACCCAGCCCCAGGAGCCCCGACACAAGGGACAGGGGAGCCAGGUGCACCCCCACCAAACACAGGACUGGGAACUGAAGAGGCGAUCGGCCGAUGACAGCACAGCGGACUGCACUGAGAGCUGUGUGCUCUAGAGUUUGGUUCUGUGUCCAGAUAGGAAGAACAGGAGUGCAUGUUCCCGAUAAUCUUAAGAAGGAUGAUUAUAUUUACACCAGCGGAGGCCUGGACAAAAACUGCUUAAUUUAUAAGUUCGUUUAUGAAUCGAUUUGUUUGGUUGUUUGUUAAUCUGAGAUUUGUUUCUGCUUGUUUGAAUUCGGAUUGUCACAGACCACCAGAGGGCAUGAUCGUGUUGUCUUGGUUCUUAAUGUAAUGUUAUUUCUCACUGUCUUUGUUAAAUGCUUUGUCCAUGAUUUCUGACUCUGGGGUUGUGAUGUGUGAAGAUGAGGGUGUCGUUGGGUGGAAAGGAUGCAAGGAAGGCCUGUAUCUCAAUAGUCUCAAGUAUCUUCCUUCCUUUGUCUCCUUUCCUUAAUAAGCACUGAUCUGAAAUGAAUGGAAAGGACAGAGCAAUAUAUACUUUCGGGCUCCUGAGUGGCGCAGCGGUCUAAGGCACUGCAUCUCAGUGAUAGCGACAUCACUACAGACCCUGGUUUGAUUCUAGGCUGUAACACAACCGGCCAUGAUUGGGAGUCCCAUAGGGUGGUGCACAAUUGGAUUCCUGCAUCAUCCAGGUUAGGGU